UCCCAGGAAGUGGCCAGAAGGGUUAGUGUGUGGUGAAGUAGACAUACAAAGAUGUCAGGAAGGAAACAUCUGCUUUGGAAAGCAGGGCUAAACGCCUGAAAUACCUUGAUUAAAACGACCUACGUUAAAGGCCCCACGCCACUUCCCCCAUGGUUUUCCUUUGACUGUCUUUAAGGUAAAAUGGGCCUGAGCCACUCUAAGGCUCACCCGAGGGUGAUCAAAGUGGCACCUUUGCAAAACAAAGAGGAAGAGACACCCUCGGCUGGUCCUGCGGAGUUUGCAUUCACUCAGAACCUGGAAGAAAAGAGUACAUAUUCGCCGGCCAGACGGCAGGACCCGAGUAAAGCUUGGGAAGGGCAGUUGCCCCCGCUACGAGAGACCUGGUAUGGAAGAUAUUCUGCAGUGCCCAGGGCCAUGUAUUUUGACAUCCCACUGGAACAGGGAGAAACAAGUAUUAUUAAAAGGCAUCCACCCCGAAGACUUCAAAAGCUUGAACCCAUUGACCUGCCACAAGUAAUUACUUCUGAAAGGAUCUUGAGCCAGCGAGAACCCAGGACGACUCGCAAAGCAAAGCAGGAAUUGGAAAAGAAGAUGCAAAUUCCAAUGUAUACUUCUGGGAAAAGACAAUAUUUACAUAAGAUGCAAAUGCUGGAAAUAAACCGGAAAAGACAAGAGGCCCAAGUGGAGUUGAAGAAAAGUCUUCACAGGGAGGCGAGGAUUAAUAAGGAGAAACCGAGGGACCGCACAGCCAAGAAAAUCCUUGACAGCAGCCCCAGAGAUGACGGUGACUUUCUAACCGUGUUGCCUGAUGAAACCUUAAACCCAAGUCCAGGAAAUUCACAGAAUGCAGAAUUUUUAGAACAUCAUUCAAGGAAUGACUAUGGUCCCCGGAAAAUUGGCAAAAUGGAAACAUGGCUCCGUGAACAAGAGGCCCGGGGACAGCUGCUCUGGGACAGCUCUAGCUCUGACUCUGAGGAGUUGGGGAAAGUCGUGAAGAAACCACGAGCCCUGGUGAGGACCAGGACAGAGAGAAUCCCACCUUUUGACGAGUUUUUUGAUCGAGAAUAA